AUGGCCAAUUUGGCGGAGGAGAUGGACAUGGACGAUCAGGAGAAGCUGUUCUUCGGCCACCCGGGACCGGUGAAGAGGGAACCUCGGGCGGCCGACACUGGCACGAUUCCUCCGACGCUCGGCCCUGCCAAACGGCAACGUCUGGAGCCACAGGACCGUUCCAAGGGCAAAGGAGGGAAAGGCAAGAACAAGGGCAAGGGCAAGGGAAAUCCUCUUCCAGGACAAUCCUCUCAACACGGCGGAUACCCCCUGUCACAGGCCUGGGGCUACAGCACUGGUUCGGGAGAGGAGCUGUCGACACCCUGGGCGGGGGAUCGAGCUGCUCCCAGCCUCGGGUACCACUCGUCAUGGACGGGAGAUGGAACAUUCCAGAGACUGGGCAGGGAUCAUCGCGAGUCAGCAGACUGGAUGGAGCAUCGGAUUACUCGCCUAACCCAACUGGUGCUUCGUCAGGAGCAGACAUUAGCAAACCUUCGACAAGACAUGAUGCUUUAUCUUUUCGUUCGGAGCGGAAUCCCGGGGAAACUGCAGAUGUCCCUAAAAUUGGCGAUGUUCAAGCAGUUGUUGAUCUCGUUGUUCGAGCGGUUGACAACCACGCAGCAGGACGCUCAAGCCAUGGACCACGCCAAGAGCCUUGGCUGGCUGGACAACGACCAGAGCUGGCGGGUUCUCCACUGGAAUCCAGCUCAGCAAAGUCUGGAGGUGGACCACUCCUAUCAGCCGGUUCCCACCAAGGACCUGCUCGAUCAGAUCACCAAUGUUCGGAAGGCCAUCAACGAGGAAAGUCUUCUCCGAUUCAAAUCUCUCCGUCGCCUGAGCCCGGAUGUGACGGCGGAGUGGAUUCAGUUUCAGAUUGCCAUAUCGUUGAGAGCGGAAGCAGCACCAUUGUGGGCCACUCUAAAGUCAUGGAUCGGCCAGUCCUCGUGGCACACGCUGGGAUGCCGACUGCGACGAAAUCGACCGAACUACGACUCCCUGUUGGCGAUACAGGGGCUUGCUACACGAUGGGAGGCUCGGGUCAUGACGGACGAAGGUUACGGCGAUGGCCAGACGACGGGCUUUCGCUCUGGCUUUGUGUUCACGGUGUGCUCUGGUGAACCGGGCCCACUGUAG